AUGGUGCGGCAACGAGUUGCAAGUCCUUAUGAGAAACGCCUAGCUAUUCGAGAGGAUCUUGGCUACUUCAACUCCGCAGCCGUGGGAGGGGUAUACGAGUUUGAUAAUGGCGAAUUCGAAGUGAAAUUGGCUCACUCGUACAUGCCAGCUUUAAAAAGUUGUAUUGAGACAUACCCUCAGAUGAUGAUGGUAAUGAAAGGCAAAGAUACCAAUGAGCCUUUGUGGGAGGUGGUGCCACAUCUGAAUCUGGCAGACCACGUCUCGAUCCUUACUGAACAAGCCAUUGAGGAUGAAGGCGAAGCCGCCGUCAUCGAGAAAGUCUUGCCAUCUAUCGUCGAUCAGAAGUUCACUGAUCCGUCUUCACCUCCAUGGAGGCUUGUUGUGCUGCCAUUUUUGUCUACGAGCAAUCCUCGUUGCUUCAUCGCGUACGUCUCCUCCCAUGCGACAGCGGAUGGUGGGUCCGGAUGCGUCUUCCAUCGGACUUUCAUGAGCGCUUUGCGAAAGUUCGCCGCCGUCCAGCUGGAUGAUACCGUGAUCAAAGCGUCUGAGGCAUCGCUUCCCGAACCUUUUGACACUCCUGAGAGGCUUCCCAUCUCCCCUGAAUUCAUGAAGUCUUUGGCAAGCGCCAACGUCGUUGAUGGUAAUACUUGGACCGGCUCCCCCGUUUUCCUCGGCCCUGAAGGAUUGCAAACUGGACUGCGGAUUAUCGAAAUUGGGAAUUCCCAAGUAAAGUCUGCUUUAGCAGCCUCACGUGUACAUGGUACGAAGCUCACGGGCUUGUUCCAUCAGCUCGUCGUGAGGGCAUUAAGCAAGGCUAUUCCAGUCGAGAAUGGCACAAACUUUGCCUCACAGACUGCAAUUGACAUGCGAGCCGCGAAUGGCUCUACAUUAGCGUGGGGCAACUUUGUGUCGGGUCUGUCUCAUUCUCAUCAACGUACAGACUCAUCUAAGCCUAUAUCUGACGAGACUUGGGCCAACGCCAGAGUCAUUUCUGAUAAGCUUGCAGAGUGUAGUUUGCGACUAGAGGACCAAAUGAUUGGUAUGAUCAGAUUCGUCCCGGAUCAUCGCGCCUCUAUGACGCAAAAGCUGGGAAAAUCUCGUGACGCUUCUUUUGCACUGAGUAACCUUAACGCGUUCGACGGUGUUACUGAAGGAGGUGUAUGCAAAAUUAGCAAAUUCUUGAUGGCAACAUCCGCCGCUGUCCCCAGCGCAACCCUUAGCUUUUGUAUUGCUAGCGUCAAGGAUGGUAAUUUGACCUGUGUCGUGACGUGGCAGAAGGGUGCUCUGGGAUGCCUUCCGGAGCAAGAGCAUACUCUUCUCGAUGUUAUUUGUUCUUCUAUCAAAGAGGACUUUGAAAGUUUGGCUGCAUAACUACAACGAAUACGUGCUUACAGGUAGCCUAGAAGCAUCGUUGUGCAGCCAGGCAUGUUGAUAACAACUAAGAAAUUAGAUAAAAGAGGUUUCUCUUG